UCACACGUCAACGUCAUGCGUAGACCACUUGCAUUAUAUCAGGUCCAAAUAAUUUAAUUUUAGAGAAAAAACUCAAAAACGUUAACUUCGGGGCUUCUUUAUGUCCUCGAGAAUGCGAUAAUGUAAACAAAGAUGUGCGGUGCGGCAGAAGCGGUCGUGUGCUGAAGCAAUGUCGAUCGAGUAUGUGGUGGUGAGCGAGGGCGAACAGGACGAGCCCAUUGAGCUGCCCGCCGAGGAGGACGGCUCGCUGCUGCUGAGCACCGUGGCGGCGCAGUUCGCUGGCGCCAGCGGGCUCAAGUACCGCGCGGGCGGGCGGCUGCGCGGCCUGCGGCUGGCCGACGAACGCGUGCUGCCGCCCGCCGAGGGCUGGGCGGCCUUCCGCUACUUCUGCGCCUUCCCGCGCGCCGACGCGCCCGUGCCCGCCCCGCGGCCGCGCUGCUCGGACCUCAUCGUGCUGGGCCUGCCGUGGAAGACGGGAGAGGACGCCGUGCGCGACUACUUCUCGGCGUUCGGCGAGCUGCUCAUGGUGCAGGUUAAGCGCGACGCCAAGACCGGCCUGUCCAAGGGCUUCGGCUUCGUCAAGUUCGCAGACUACGAGGCGCAGUUGCGCGCGCUGGGUCGGCGGCACAUGAUCGACGGUCGCUGGUGCGACGUGCGCAUCCCCAACAGCAAGGACGGCGGCUCGGCGGCCGACCGCAAGGUGUUCGUAGGUCGCUGCACGGAGAGCCUAUCGGCCGACGACCUGCGCGAGUACUUCGGUGCUUUCGGCCAGGUGACGGACGUAUUCGUGCCUAAGCCCUUCCGCGCGUUCAGUUUUGUCACGUUUCUGGACCCGGAGGUGGCGCAGUCGCUGUGUGGGCAGGACCACAUCAUCAAGGGCGUGUCGGUGAACAUCUCCACGGCGUCGCCCAAGCGCGAGCGCGGCGGCGCGCGCUCGCAGCUGCUAGGCUGGGGCGUGCUGGAGCCGGGCGCGCCGCGCGUGUACAGCUGGCCGCCCGACGCGUGGCAGCACGCGCACGCGCCGCCCGACGCAAAGCCCUACCUCAAGUACGACUAGUGCAGAUCCCUCCUUGUUGAUAGCUCACAGAUUUUAUAUAAAGUAAAUGUGUAAAUAAUAAUAUAAUAUAGAAUGAUAAAGUUGUU